AUGGGCUUUGGGAUUGGAAUCCACAGCCUCGUGCUGCUAGCAUUAACCCUUGCUCCAGCCUCCCUUGCCAACCUCAUCCACACCGCCAGUCCGGUAGUUGACUUGAGAUACGCGAGAUAUCAGGAUGUUUAUAAGGACACUUAUGACAUCAAGAUAUUCAAAGGAAUUCGAUAUGCCGCGCCACCCAUAGGAAAGCUACGCUGGCAAGCCCCACAGCCCCCAUCAUACCGACUGGGCGCGUUUGGGUUCCUGUCGUCCGAGGAUGUACACAAAUAUGGCAAGACCAAUGCUGGUCUGCUUGACAUGCGGUUUGCACUUGAAUGGAUACAGGAGUAUAUUACCAAGUUCGGUGGAGACCCUUCCCGGGUAACUAUCGGGGGCGAGUCUUCAGGGGCCGGGGCUGUGAUGCUACAGGCUACGGCACAUGGAGGCAAGGACGAUGGAUUGUUCAAUAAUAUCAUCGCCGCGAGUCCCUAUACUGCGACACAAUUCAAGUAUAACGACGAGGUGCCGAACGGCGCACUGUCACGACUUUGCAGCACGAGCGGGUAUGCCAGUGGCAAUGUUUCCACAUCAGGUGCAUGGGGUACCUGGGCUUUUUUACCCGUCACAGAUGGAGAACUCAUUCAAGAACUUCCGUCAAAACAACUACCUGAGAAGAAAGUCGGCGGCAAGCGUAUGAUGAAUAACGCCAACGACGGUGUCCCUCUCAGUCCUCCAACUACAAACACCACUGCCGCCUUUAUGCAAUACCUCAAAUCAACAUUUCCCGACUUCACGCCCUCAGAUUUCGCCGAACUCCUCUCGAUAUACAAAGUGGCUUCAUCAUCUCCCGAAUCAACCGGCCCUCCUUACGACACCCUCGGAAACCGUGACCCAACAGCCCUCAACCAAUCCGAAUUCGCAACAGGCCUCCAACAAACCGCCUUCAACAUCUUCGCAGAAAGCGAUCGAAGAUCAAGGGAAAAAAGCUGGAAGUACCAGUACUCAGUGACACCAGCAUACCACGGCGCGGAUCUAACAGCCUACUUCUCAGUUGGAGCAUCCGUGCCAAAUACCAACUUCAGAGACGUGUUCCAACGCAUGCUGGGAAACUUCAUCAUAAACGAUACACCAGUGAUAUCUAUUGCCGACGGUAAAGGUGGGAUGGCUAAUGCUACCGUUCCCGAGGGAACGAAUGGCGAUAUAGAUUAG